GGUUUCACUUUUUGUUUUCGGUGGGUUCCCAGGGUGUUGGUACAGAACACACAUCUCUGUACACAGGGAGAGCCGCACUGUAAUCCUCGCAUUACAUUUCGGGUGAAAUUCUGAUAAUGUUUUAGGGUGAAAGGAAACAAAGCAAAGUUACAGGUCUGUCAAGCUGUCGAAUAUUGAAAAAUAAUGGCAUCGGUUGAAGACUCAAUUUCACACACCUCAGAAGAAGCUACGACGAAUAAAGCUGAAGAGUUGGCCCUGAUCCUGACUCAGGCUAUUAGUUUGGGGGACGUGGAGGAAGCCAGUCAAUGUGCAGGCCAGCUGGCGAAGCUGCAGGUCUCUGUCACAGUCAGUGUCCACAAGGAUACCUACCCAAAGGAUGAAAUCCGGAUGAAGGUGGGAGUGGAAGAUGCCCAGACCCACUCCACUGUCCCCAUCUCCAUGGCUGUGUAUUCACACAUGACCAUCGCACAGCUGAAGGAAAAGGUGAACAGUGACUAUGGGUUCCACCCGUCACUGCAGACCUGGGUGAUAGGGAAGCGCCUGGCCAAGGACCCCGACACGCUGAGGAGCCACGGGGUGAGACAGGACGGGGACACAGCCUUCCUGUACAUCAGGACAGCCAAGAAAGCACAGCUAACCAAGGAGCUGCAGCAGCAGGAGGAGGAGAGGAGACUGCUCGGGGAAAUCUACAUAGCUGUCAACAGAACACUCGAAGCAAGGGGGACAGCUACCUUGACCCCCAGGAAGGAACAGGAAAUGCUGGUGUUGGCUCCUGACCCUGCUGUAGCCCCGAAACCUCCCAAACCUGCACCCCCUCCUCUCAAACCCAAACCUAAGGUUGGCUGGGAGUGCACUCAGUGCACCUUCCUGAACAAGCCCACCCGGCCCGGCUGCGAGAUCUGCGCCUCGGACAGACCAGCGGGCUACCAGAUCCCAGCCCAGUACCAGCCGGACAAGGAGGAGGAGCAGAGGCUGCACAGCGAGGAGGUGGCGCUGCUCCUGUACCAGGAGACGAUGGAGCUGCAGAAGGUACAAAACUUCCAGAGCCUGCUGGACACUGAUCUGCUCAGCCUGGUCCCCAACACUGAGGAGCUGGACUGCCCUGUCUGCUUCAGCACCAUUGAGCCAGGAGAGGGCGUCACUCUGCGGGAGUGUCUGCACAACGUCUGCAGGGAAUGCCUGAAAGGAAUGAUUAUCAACAGCAUGGACCCCGAGGUGGCCUGUCCAUACGCCGACCAUGAAUACACCUGUGAUGGGAAGCUGCAAGACAGGGAAAUCAAAUCCCUCCUGUCCCAGCAGGAAUACCAGCGGUUCCUAGACCUGAGGCUCAACAUCGCAGAGAACCGCAGUGAGAACAGCUACCACUGCAAGACAGCGGACUGCCAGGGCUGGUGCAUCUUCGAGGACGAGGUGAACGAGUUCCUGUGCCCGCUCUGCAACAAACACAACUGCCUGCUCUGCAAGGCGAUUCAUGAAGGAAUGAACUGUAAGGAGUACCAGGAUGAUCUCAGGAUCAGAUCGGAGAACGACAUCGCUGCCAGGCAGACCACUGAGAUGCUCAAGACCCUGGUGGAGAAUGGGGAGGCGAUGCACUGUCCCAGGUGUAAGAUCAUCGUGCAGAAGAAGGACGGCUGUGACUGGAUCUGCUGCGUGAUGUGCAAGACGGAGAUCUGCUGGGUGACCAGGGGCCCGCGCUGGGGGCCGAAUGUAAGCCACUUGUUUGUGGAGGAGGAAGAGGUGUACAGCAAUUCUGCACAGUCAUUCAGAUAAUCAAAGCACAUAGCUGUCUUCUUGAAAUCAGGCACACAGCCCGCAGCUGCUCUCUCCCAGCCCUGAAUUAAGGUGUGGUCCAGUCUGAUAGAAGUGUCUUGUGAUACUGCUCCCUCUUCCCCAACACACACACACACACACACACACACACAGAGGAGGCCG